AUGGCGAGUGACUCUCCGGCGAAACGUCUGGACGAAAUCGAACUCUCGGCCCUGAAGGAGCCUGCUGGGAUCUUCGAGCUCGUUGAGCUGGUUGGAAAUGGCACCUACGGGCAGGUGUACAAGCCUGUCACUUUUGACGUGGCGGCCCGUUCCGUUAUCUCCCCCUGUAAUAAACACGUGUUCGUUAAAGAACGCCGGUCUGGCGCUGGCACCCAUAAACCCCCUGCGAAUGGACCGAUUCCGUGUGAGAGAAUGGGUUUAAUGGAUCGCGGAGCCAAGGGUCGCCAUGUUAGGACGGGGCAGCUGGCAGCCAUCAAGGUCAUGGAUGUCACUGGGGAUGAAGAAGAGGAGAUUAAAGCAGAAAUUAACAUGCUAAAGAAGUACAGCCACCACCGGAACAUCGCCACCUACUAUGGAGCUUUCAUCAAGAGAAACCCUCCUGGCAUUGAUGACCAGCUAUGGCUGGUGAUGGAGUUCUGUGGAGCUGGCUCAGUCACAGACCUGAUCAAGAACACCAAGGGCAACUCUCUGAAAGAGGAGUGGACUGCUUACAUCUGCAGAGAGAUCCUCGGGGGUCUGACUCAUCUCCAUCAGCACAAGGUCAUCCACAGAGACAUCAAGGGACAGAACGUCCUGCUGACUGAGAACGCCGAGGUCAAACUAGUGGACUUUGGGGUUUCGGCCCAGCUGGACCGAACAGUUGGAAGGAGGAACACGUUUAUCGGGACGCCGUAUUGGAUGGCACCGGAGGUCAUCGCCUGCGAUGAAAACCCAGAAGCCACAUAUGAUUUUAAGAGUGAUUUAUGGUCACUGGGAAUCACAGCGAUAGAGAUGGCUGAAGGAGCUCCACCGCUGUGUGACAUGCACCCAAUGAGAGCUCUCUUCCUCAUACCUCGUAAUCCUGCACCCAGACUCAAGUCAAAGAAAUGGUCAAAGAAGUUCCAGUCCUUCAUCGAGAGCUGCCUGGUGAAGAGCCACAGCCAGAGACCCAGCACGGAGCAGCUGCUCAAGCAUCCAUUCAUCAGAGACCUGCCCAAUGAGAGGCAGAUCCGCAUCCAGCUGAAAGACCACAUUGACCGCACCAAGAAGAAGAGGGGAGAGAGAGAUGAAACAGAGUAUGAGUAUAGCGGCAGUGAAGAGGAAGAUGAGGGAAGGGAUCUGGGUGAUCCAAGCUCUAUCAUCAACAUCCCGGGCGAGUCAACCCUAAGACGAGACUUCCUGCGCCUGCAGCUCGCCAAUAAGGAGCGUUCGGAGGCGCACCGGCGGCUGCAGCUGGAGCAGCAGCAGAACGAGGAACACAAGCGCUUACUGUUGGCCGAAAGGCAGAAGCGCAUCGAGGAGCAGAAGGAGCAGAGGAGGCGGCUGGAAGAACAGCAGCAGCGAGAGCGUGAGAUGAGGAAACAGCGUGAACAGAGGAGACGCUUUGAGGAAAUGGAGCAGCUCCGUAGAGAGGAGGAGAGGAGGCAUGCGGAGCUAGAUCAGGAGUAUAUCCGUAGGCAGCUGGAGGAGGAACAGAGGCAGUUAGAGAUUCUCCAGCAGCAGCUACUGCAGGAACAGGCAUUAUUACUGGAGUACAAGAGGAAACAGAUUGAGGAGCAACGGCAAGCGGAGCGUCUACAGAGACAACUCCAUCAGGAGAGGGCCUACCUGGUGUCUCUCCAACAGAAACAGCAGGAGGGAAGGCAAGCAGAAAAGAAACAGCUUUACCACUACAGGGAUGUCGUUAAUCCUAAUGACAAGCCCGCCUGGGCUAAAGAAGUGGAAGAGCGAUCUAAGCUGAACAGACAGAGUUCCCCAGCGCUGCAGCACAAAGUGUCCAACCGCAUCUCCGACCCCUCCCUCCCUCCCCGCUCAGAGUCCUUCAGCAGUGGAGGCAUGCAGCCUGCCCGAACCCCACCCAUCCACCGCUCCGUCGAGCCACAGCAGAUGGCUCACCUGGUUCCUGUGAAGACACACUCCAGUUCUAUGUCCGGCUCCCAGUCCCUACAGGACCAGACAGGCUCGGCUAUGAGCGAGAGCGUCGGCAUGGCCUCGCCAAGGCCUGAGAUGCCCCGGCAGAACUCGGACCCUACCUCCGACACCCAGGGACCCCCGCAGCGCCUCACUGGCAGGGAGGAACGAGACCGGGACAGGGACAAGGACCGAGACCGGACGGCUUGGUUGAGAGAAGAGGAUAUCCCGCCAAAGGUCCCCCAGAGGACAACAUCCAUCUCUCCAGCCCUGGUCAGGAAGAACUCUCCUAAUGGCGGUGUGGGUCUGGGCCCACGCACAGGCUCUCAGCUCAUACGGGCUAGUAAUCCGGACCUGCGGCGCUCGGAGAUCUCUCUGGACGCGAUGCUGCAAAGAACCUCCUCCAACUCAUCAUCCUCCUCCUCCCCUUCAUCUCAGGGAGGCUCAGCUGAGAGGAGAGACCAAACCAAGCAGGAAAGAUCCCCUCCAGAAGCCAGUAAUAAGGAGGCUAAACUCAAACAGGAGGAGGGCCGUGAAUCAGCGAGACCCAGCAGACCUGCAAGCUAUAAGAAAGCCAUAGAUGAGGAUUUAAGUGCCCUGGCCAAGGAACUCAGAGAAUUGAGGGUGGAGGAAGGAAGCCGACCUCCGGUCAAGGUUACAGACUACUCGUCCUCUAGCGAGGAUUCGGAGAGCAGCGAUGAGGACGGGGAGCCGGUGGGACAGGAUGGGACGGUUGCUGUUAGCGACAUCCCACGCAUCAUGCCAGCGGUGCAGAGUACUGGUGAGUCGUAUGGAGGGCUGGCAGAGGACGCUCUGGGAGAUGCUUAUAAUAGCUCCAAGGACGGGACUCUUGUGAUGAGAGAGGCGGAGGAGAGGAGGAGAGGUGGUCACACUGAGAGUAAUGGGUUCGGGAAUCACGGUAACCAUGGUAAUCUCCCUGAUCUGGUACAACAGAGCAACUCUCCCUCAGCCACACCCACCACGGCCUUGCAGGAGCUGAGCGAUAUGGCUGAGUUUGGUGUGAGCGGGUCCAAAGCAUCAUUUACUCCCUUUGUUGAUCCGCGGGUCUAUCAAACUUCCCCCAGUGAAGACGACGAAGAGAACUCAGCAGCAGCCAUGUUUGCCAAUGAGCUGCUGAGGCAGGAGCAGGCCCGACUAAACGAAGCGAGGAAGAUCUCGGUGGUGAAUGUCAACCCCACCAACAUCCGACCCCACAGCGACACACCGGAGAUCCGUAAAUACAAGAAACGCUUCAACUCGGAGAUCCUGUGUGCCGCGCUCUGGGGUGUGAACCUGCUGGUGGGGACAGAAAACGGUUUAAUGCUGCUUGACCGAAGUGGACAGGGAAAAGUCUACAACCUGAUUACCAGACGGCGCUUCCUACAGAUGGAUGUGCUGGAGGGCCUUAAUGUGCUAGUCACCAUAUCUGGAAAAAAGAAUAAGCUGCGCGUCUACUAUUUAUCCUGGCUGAGGAACAGAAUAUUGCACAAUGAUCCAGAAGUUGAGAAGAAGCAGGGUUGGAUAACGGUCGGGGAGCUGGAGGGCUGUGUGCAUUAUAAAGUUGUUAAAUACGAGAGGAUUAAGUUCCUGGUGAUUGCACUGAAAAACUCUGUGGAAAUCUAUGCCUGGGCACCUAAACCCUACCACAAGUUCAUGGCCUUUAAGUCCUUCACUGAGCUGCAGCACCGGCCCCAGCUGGUCGACCUGACAGUGGAGGAGGGUCAGAGGUUAAAGGUCAUCUACGGCUCCAGUGUGGGCUUCCAUGUCAUCGAUGUGGACUCAGGCAAUCCUUACGACAUCUACAUCCCUUCACAUGUAAGUUUUUACAGAAAAGUCUGCAUCGUCUUGUUUUUUCUUUCAGCCUACAUCCAUUCAAAUCAGAUUAUGGGCUGGGGUGAGAAAGCAAUAGAAAUCCGCUCUGUGGAGACGGGUCAUCUGGAUGGAGUCUUUAUGCACAAGAGAGCUCAGAGGCUCAAAUUCCUGUGUGAGCGGAAUGAUAAGGUAAUGCACAGUAACGCCUGCUCUCUUUUUGUACCUUAUUUGUUGUUUUCUUUGCAUCUGUGCGUUCGGGAGGUAGCAGCCAAGUUUUCUUCAUGA